AUGCGGCUUUUAGCCGCUGGGCGCAUUAUGCGCGACGUUCAAGCACUGGCUCUACGGGCAAGUGCCGACGUGGCAGAUGUUCGUCUCGAACGGAAAAUGCGUUACGAUUACGCUAAGCUGAAGGCCCGAAGAAAGUUGAAGUCUCAACGAACGCAAUAUACGCCUGCUACCCAUCACUCCGAUGUUUCGGCUACUCCUGUAGCCGCGAGUUCACGACAGGCCGAGGCCGUGAGCUCGCUCGACCUCACCACUUCGGGUUGGAAACACCAUCGCCAACAGGUUAGCCCUGCGCACGACGUUCAAAAACGUCCACGGCGUACGGGCAAUCCUGCCGUAGGGGAACCUCGAACUCCCAUGAGUUCCAAGACUCGGAAUAUCCCCACCACUUCACCAGAUACUGGUUUUGACCAUGGCGGCGACGUUUCUACAGUAGACGUUCAACAUGGAACGGAAGGUUCCCCUGUUCAUCAAGCAAUGCCGGAGAGGGGCCGGUACGAUAAUUCCCGCCUCGAGUCGCUGGAACAGAGUCGAACCCGAGUGGAGGGUCAGCUUGACCUUUUGUGUUCACUUGGGACGGAUCCUGAUAUGGCUUGA